AUGGAUGGCAGUAGCCGAUUUAUCAGCCUAAGGAUGGAAUACUUGCUGGAUAAAUUUUCAUCCUUUUGGAAUAUACUUGAAGCAAGUCGAAGCAGAAAAGUAGCCAAAUGGGACGAAACGAGCCUUAGCCAUGCAAUUCAAUGGUCUCAAUAUAUUGAAGAGGUAUGCAAUCACUUAAGGUCGAAACCAAAUCGACCUAAAAUCAACCAGCAGUUGUUUAUACGUUAUAGCAACAAUCAUCUCCAAGAGACAGAACCCGAAUCAAUGGUCUUACCAUCGAUCGAACAUUUUUGCAAUGCAGAAUUGAUGCUAUUAAAGAGGCUACUGGGAAACGAAAAUUUAACCUUAGAAUUAUUCCAGUUUCUAUUGGAACGGUACUUGCUCAAUAACGGGUCGCAAGAUAAAGUUGAAAGUGUCGUCAAGAUCAUUUCUGAAAAAUGUGUAAAUAAUGCACUGCUUGAGGUUGCAAGCAAAAUCGAUGCUAUGAUUUCCGAGAACUCUAUCCAUGGUAUGAAGGAAUUUUCUGACACGUCUUUAUUGAAAGUGACUAUAGAACAGAAUGCAAAAGUAUUAAAUCAAUACAUUGAAUAUGAUACAAAUCACUCAAUCACUUCUCGGGAAAUCUUUCUACUCAAGAAGAAAGCAUUAUUCCAUUUAACUACUAAAAACACUGGAAUAGCUACUAUCACGACAGCACUACUACAACGAUACGAAUGUAAAUCGGAAUCAGAUGCUGAUCCAUGUGUCCAAAUUUUAACUGAAUUUUUAAUAGAAUAUUAUAGUGACGGCUUGCAGCCUGGCGCUGUAAAUGCUAUGCCAAAUGAAUCAAUUCGACAAGCCCUUCCGGAUAGACACAGGGAACUCCUUAUGCUUUCCCCUGUAAAGUUGGCAAAGCUUGCAAGUUACUGUUGUCAAUUUUUCGUUGUCUACAUUAGAAUUCUAUCCAAGUUUGCUUGUGAUCAACAGCCUGACAAUAAUAGUCCUUCAAGGAAUGAAGGACAACAAUUGGCUAUAAAUCACUUUCAACAGCUACUAAAAGGGCCCAAUAAUGUGACCAAUCCUGUAAAGCAAGUCUUGACAUGUUUACAUCAUCAUGGGAUAAAUUAUAAUUUAGCAUUGGAUGAUUUACACAAAGAUGUCCUAAUAAAUCCUAUGACUAGUUUUUAA